AUGUCUGAUUCACCACUUGAAUCAACUGAAUUUGAAUCAAGUACCAACACUCCAACCAUGGAAAGUACACAAAAUCCAGAUGUUUUUAUUACAGCUGAUAACGAAGAAGUAGAUGCAGCAGCUACAGCUAGUGUAGAACACGUUGAUGCAACCAACAAUGAAGAACCAACUCCAUUCACUAGAAAGAAGAGAAAGAAGACUUCGGGAGUUUGGGAACAUUUCCGGAUGCCUGGCAAAUCAGAUUCUUCAUCUAUGGUUCGAAAUUGGAAGUUUGACAAUGCAAAGAUGAGAGAGGUUAUUUCCCAUAUGAUCAUGGUUCAUGAAUUACCUUUUAAUUUUGUGGAGUAUGGACUGUUUAAUGUGGUAAUGAAAGAAGCAAAUCCAGGAUUUAACAAGAUCUCACGUGCUUCUGUUAAACAAGAUUGUAUUUCCAGUUAUGAGAUUGGAAAGAAAAGAGUUCAAAAAUUGUUGGAUUCUGUCAAGCGUGUGAGCAUCACUACAGAUAUGUGGACAUCGAAUCAAAACAUCCAUUACAUGGUAGUUACAUGCCAUUUUGUAGAUUCUGAUUUCAAGCUUCACAAACGCAUAUUAAGUUUUGUUGACGUGCCUCCACCGUAUUCUGGAGUAUGUAUCUAUGAUUCACUUUUUAAGUGUCUAAAGGAGUGGAACAUUGAGACAAAGGUGGUGACUUUGACAGUGGACAAUGCUAAGACUAAUGAUGUGGUGGCUAGAAAAUUGAUGGAAAAUUUGAAUCUUCAGAAGAAACUUGAUGUCGGUGGAAAAUUAUUUCAUGUACGGUGUUGUGCACAUAUUCUUAAUUUGUUAGUUCAGGAUGGUCUUGGAGAAAUUGAAGACAUAAUUCAUAAUGUUCGUGAGAGUGUGAAACAUGUCAAUGCCUCUCCGGGUCGAUUGCAUAUUUUUAGUGAACUCGCCAAACAACUUUCAAUGCCAAAAAAGCACUUGAUUUUAGAUGUUAGUACCAGGUGGAAUGCUACAUAUGCUAUGUUGUCUACUGCUUUAGAGUUCAAAGAAGUGUUUGUGAAUUAUGCCGAUCGAGAGUCUACAUACACUACUUUACUGAGCGAGGAAGACUGGAAAAAAGUUGAAGAGGUUUGCUCAUUCUUGGCACUUUUCAAUGAAGCUACAAAAAUCAUUUCAGGUUCCGAAUAUCCUACAUCCAAUUUAUUUCUUAGCGAAUUGUUUGGGAUAAAAGAAGCAUUGGAUGCAGUAGUUUUAGGAGGAAGUGAUUACAUGGUAGCUAUGGCUAUGAAGAUGAAGAAAAAAUUUGACAAGUAUUGGGGUACUUGUAACUUGUUAAUUUCAAUUGGUGCCAUUUUAGAUCCCAGGUAUAAAAUGAAAUUGCUUGAGUUUUCUUUCCAUACUAUUUAUUCAAAUGAUGAGGCUUCGAGAGAAAUGCAAAUAGUUCGAUGUAUUUUAUAUGAGUUGUACCAAGAAUAUGUUGAGGCUCAUAAAGCAGCAAAUGUUGUUUCAUCUACUGAUGGGAGUCAAAGUGUUAGUAUUGGUGGUACUUCUAAAAGUAGUGUUAGCUCCUUAUUCAGUCAGUUUGGUAAAGGUAUUAAAACUGGCACAGCUAAAUAUGACCAACAUAUUAGAAGUGUCGAUACUUUUACAUUUGUCAAGUCAGAAUUGGACACUUAUUUGGAGGAAGGAGUUUUAAUUGGUGAGUCUGGUGUAUAUUUUGAUGCCUUGGGAUGGUGGAAGGAGAACAAUCUUAAAUUUAACAUUUUGUCAAAAAUGGCUGCUGACAUAUUGGCAAUUCCGGUCACUACUGUUGCUUCUGAAUCUGCUUUCAGUGCUGGUGGGAGGGUUAUUGAUCCGCAUCGAUCCUCUUUAGGAACUAAGAUGGUAGAUAUGCUUGUUUGUGGAGCUGAUUGGUAUCGUCAAUACUAUGGGUUGGAGAAAAAUAAAAACAAGCAAAACGAAGAUAUCAUACACGUUAAGCUUCCUUGA